UCUUCUCAGUCUCCCGCUUCUCCCUCCCCUGUCCCCCUACCCCCGCCUUUGGGGUGAGGGCAUCUCAGAUGUCCGGGUAACCACGGCUCUAGCCUCUAGGCAGCCUCUGUCUGUAACAGCUGGGCCGGCGGGCCCCGUGCCCCCCUCCCCCUUCCCAGACCCAAUGUCUCUGCUCUAAUAACGCGGCCGGCUCCCCCUGAAGUCCACCUCCUUCUCCCUCCCCGUCCCAUCUAACUCUGGCACCAUGAACGACCAGUACCACCGGGCGGCCCGGGAUGGCUACUUGGACCUUCUCAAAGAAGCCACCCGGAAGGAACUUAAUGCUCCAGAUGAAGAUGGCAUGACCCCCACCCUCUGGGCCGCCUACCACGGUAACCUGGAGUCGCUGCGUCUCAUCGUUAGCCGAGGAGGUGAUCCAGACAAAUGUGACAUCUGGGGCAACACCCCUCUGCACCUGGCAGGCUCUAACGGGCAUCUCCACUGCUUGUCCUUCCUGGUGUCCUUUGGGGCCAAUAUCUGGUGCCUGGACAAUGACUACCACACGCCCUUGGACAUGGCAGCCAUGAAAGGGCACAUGGAGUGUGUGCGCUACCUGGACUCCAUCGCGGCCAAGCAGAGCAGCCUGAACCCCAAACUUGUGGGCAAGCUGAAAGAGAAAGCUUUCCGUGAAGCGGAGAGGCGCAUCAAGGACUGCGCCAAACUGCAGCGCAAACACCAUGCACGCAUGGAGCGGCGUUACCGGAGAGAGCUGGCCGAGCGGGCAGACACACUGAGCUACUCCAGCCUCUCUUCCAGCACCCUGAGCCGGCGUCUCCAGAGCUUGUCUCUGGCCAGCCACCUCCCCUACUCCCAGGCCACCCUCCACGGGACCGGCCGAGGUAAGACAAAAAUCCAGAGGAAGCUGGAGCGGCGUAAGCAUGGCGAAGGAACUUUCAAGAUAUCGGAAGACGGGAGGAAAAGCAUCCGCUCUCUGUCUGGACUGCAGCUGGGCAGUGACGUGAUGUUUGUCCGACAGGGGACCUGUGCCAACCCUAAGGAGUGGGGCCGUUCCCCACUCCGAGAUAUGUUCCUCUCAGAUGAGGACAGCGUCUCUCGUGCCACCUUGGAGCCUGGCCUAGGGGCUGAGUCGGCCCACUCAGAAGUCAGCACAGACUCAGGCCAUGACUCUCUUUUUACUCGCCCUGGCCUGGGUACCAUGGUGUUCCGGAGGAACUAUGUAAGCAGUGGGCUUCAGGGACUGGGGAAGGAAGGAGAGAUAGAUGGGGCAGGCACGCUGCGUGCCCGGAUGCAACACUCGCCAAGCCUAGAUGAUGAUAGCAUCGGCAGUGCCAACAGCUUGCAGGAGCGCUUUGAUGAACUGCCUUGGGAUGAGUUUGACCUGGGGCUGGAUGAGGCCCUGGAGCCUGAGACCAGCCCGCUAGAGACUUUCCUUGCCUCCCUGCACAUGGAUGACUUUGUGGCCCUCUUGAGGCAGGAGAAGAUUGAUCUGGAUGCCCUGAUGCUCUGCUCUGAACUAGACCUCCAUAGCAUCAGCAUCCCCCUAGGUCCCAGAAAGAAGAUCUUGGGGGCGGUGAAACGACGUCGCCAGGUGCUGGAGCGGCCCCCUGCCCUGGAGGACACAGAGUUAUAACGAGGGGCUUUUGCCCCAAACCAGUGAAUUGCAAAUUGCCACAGAUCCCGGUGGGACCACCAGAGGCCUCACCAGCCACACUCCAAUGGCCCUUGUUCCCUUCCUGUUCUGCAGUUCCAGGAGCCUGGGUCCUGCUGGGAUGAUGAACUGCUUGUUCUUUCAAGAUUGUUCGAGGUCUGGGGAUAGAGUGUGUUCCCUUUCCUCCCCCUCCAGCUCACCUUAUUCUCUCCCAUCUUGCUGUAACCCUGGUGGAGAGGGGGAAAGGGAUGAGGGUCUCACCAUCCUGUGUAUUUGGGUUUCUGUGAUCUAGAGGACCUGAGUACUUGGAAAGGUGAGCACAGCUUCUCUUUCAUGGGACACAGGCAAAACCAGAUCUCUCUUAGACUUCUAGUGAGGGGUACAAUGGAAGUAACCCAAAUAGUGAAUGUCCUGAUUCAAACCACUCCUUACACCCCCUCACUAUGAACAGUUUUAAAGUUGUGGCCAUGUUAAAGAGAAGGGUGCUUGCCCCCACUCUGAACCUGUCAGAAGACCCUUCAAAGGGCUUUUCUAUGCAUUAAACCCCAGCUCACAGAGUCAGGGUAAGCCAUAUCUCUGGGGUUCUGAAGUGCUCCAAGCUCAGCAGAGGGAAAGGGUGCCCCUCAACGCUGGCCACCUGUCCCAUCUUAGAAGAGGAUCCUCAGACUGAGUCUCUCCCUCUGGAGAACCUCCCUCCAGAGGGGAGAUAGCCAUUCAUGAGACAGACUCUUCAGCCAAAAUACAUUUCUACCUUGCAAUGCUGACCACUGAGAGCAUGUACAGUUCCCCCUUCCCUCUCACAGUCUUCAGCCCCUCACCUAUCUUGCUUUGCCACCACUGGGGAAGUAAGGAGUGCCAGACUAGAAGUAAAGAAUAUUGGCUUCUCUUUCCAGCUCUGCCAUGUGCUUCAGGCCCUUCCCCUUUCCCCUCCCCCCUCAUGCUUCCAUCUCCCCCUUAAUUAUAUAGGCAGGAGAAUAACAGCCCUUAUCAUCCUGCAGAGAAACUUCGAGAGCCAAUGCGACACCAGGUGCUAGAGGAAUGGGCUUCCGCGCUAUGAACCUAGAGGCUGGGCAUGAGCACCACCCUGAGGUAGAGACGGGCACAAGCUGCCAGCCUCAGAGACAUCUUCCCUCCUCCGCCCCCCCCAGGCUUAAAGAGACAGAUCCUGAGCGCAGCUCCCAGAGGAGAGCUCCUGACUUAGUGCUCAGUACAGGCAUGCGCUAACAUAGUCAGCUCUCAAUUAUCCACUCCAGUGCGGGCAGGGGAGGGACCAGCAGCAUGGGGAAUGUGAAACAGUUGACAAACUCCAAAGCUUUGGUGAAGGUUGGUUGUUUGGUUUUUUUUUGUGUGUGUGUAUUUUGGGGGGAACUAUCCUCCUUUGGAAGGAAAGGGUGAGCAGUAUUACAGUUGCUGCCCUGUUUGGAUCAGUAUUAUAGCACAUUUAAUUUGCUGAUCCUGAGCAACUGCUGGGGAUGAAGUGGGUAGCUGGGAGAUACCUAGCUAGCAGCAGGAUUAGAAAUUCCCCAUGGAUAAACCACAAAGUGAGAGUUGAUUAACAUUUUACUGAAGAUGCUGAUGGUUCUGAUGAAACUCAGAGAUGUAAUAAGACUCGCAGGACAUAGACAUGGGACACACAUCAUCAUGUAUGUGCUCGAACAGCCCUCCCAUCUGCCUUCUUUGAUCCUCUGCUCUUCAGCUGAGCCCUCUCCUCUUCUAUCACCAUAGUUCCUAAUUCCUUCAGCCUCUGAGCUGGCUAUGACCUAGGUUUUCCCCCAGGAAAAGGCCCAUGGGUAGGGGGAGCUUCACUACCCUACAGGGAUGAGGGCCUUCUGAGUGUGGUGUCUAUUCCCCAGUCCCCUUCGGGGUCCUUCAUAUGCCAUCCUAAGCCUGAUCCCAAUUGGUCUUUUGGCUUUGUUUCCCAGGCCUGGGGCAAUCCCUAAGUGCCGAUAUCUCUCCCAUUUAACUCCAGGCUAUCUCCUACCUCCCUACACCAUUCUAGGACCCCACCCCUUCCUUUCCUUACCCUGCCCACUUACUGCACAUACUCCUUCCCCAAUUCUGUAUAAAUUGGAUGAGGGAGAGGGCCAGGGGUUCUUUCUGCUGUACUAUU